AUGACUGACUUGAGAGGAGAUCCCUCUCACGCAAGUAUUUGGCCCAAUUACGGGGCAUCCCACAUCCCUGGACGACUUGGUAGCUCCAUCGACGCUGCCUUCCCUUCGCCCGGCGUUCGAACUCGUGCUGGCCAGGACCACUACUCAUACGGACGCUAUUCUCAAGAUGACGGAUCUUCUUUCGACCGGCCUCAGCCUACAACACUGUCUUCGCACCAGAGUUACCCUCCUCUAAAGAGAUCGUUUUCCCAAGCCGAAUCCCAGCCCUAUCAAGAAAUUGUCCAGGACCUUCGCGACGACACUUCCCGGCUGACUGUCAGCCAAGACCACAAACUUCUCUCUUUCCGCCGCUCCCAGGAGAAGAGUACAGUGGUUGAUCAGCAUGGCCGCGUGCAACAACUUGAGCUCUCCGCUCAGCUGCACGGAAUGUUCUUUCUCUCUGAGAUGCCUUCGAAUGGCGGCGAGGGCGGGGCUCUUCAACCGGAGCUGACUUGCUACCGGCGCAACCUCUUCCAGAUCAGUGGUUCCUUUGUCACGCCACGGGGUCCCAUCUCCGUUGUUAACGAAGCCAACGAGACUGUGCCCGUCACCAGCAUGGAAGUCACCAUCUCGGCAAUCGAGUCUGUCGACGGCAACCCAGUUCGCCUGAUUGUGAUUCCUUGGAAGACGCCGCCCCCCAACUCGCCUGAACAGGCACAGACACCCGAUCAGGAGCCUCCAGCUCUGCCCUUGAUUCCUUUCCAAGACAGCAACCCCAGCGCUGAAGGCGAAUACGCCGUCUACCCAGUUGGCUGGCGCCGUCUGCAGUUUCGCAUUGCCACCGCCAACAACGGCCGUCGCAAAGAGCUGCAGCAGCACUUUGUCCUCCACCUUAGGGUCCAUGGAACUCUUGCCGACAAUAGCAAAGUGAUUUUGACUGAAUCUGUAACAUCGCCCAUCGUGGUUCGCGGUCGCAGCCCGCGUAACUUUCAGGCGCGCAAAGAAAUUCCCCUCCUCGGAUCAAGCGCUGGCUCUCGUGGCCAGGCUCUCGUUGAGACUGGCGUGGGUGUUAUCGCAAGUGCCCUUUCUGUCAAGUCGGAAAUAAAGCGCGGGGGAAGUCUGGAUAUGCAGGUUCCUAGAUCUGCAUUCACAUUCAGUCCACCAAAGUCCGCCGCUAGCCAGCCGACCGCACUCAGAUCAAAUUCUUACCCGACAUGGAACCAGCAAACUGAUUCUUUGAGCCAACUCCCGACGACAACUACGAUGGGCAUGCCAAGUGUCUCGACUUUUGCGAACGACAACUCGGAACUUCCCAUGGCUUCGACCUUAGCACCCCCCGUCUCCCUGUCACAGUACGCGCCGACUGCCGGGCCACUUCCCACAGAGCAUGUUCCACGAUAUGUCGACAAUGGCAGGUCAACAAAAAGUCCCAGGCACCAAGGACAGUCUUCCGUACAUGGGUCCAUCUCCGCCCCAGACAGCGCCUCUGACUACCGCUACGGAUCGUACCGUGGCUCCAUCACGAGCGAUGCGAGCACGCUGGGCUAUGGCUCCGAGAGCACGACCGCCCCCAGUCAACGAGACUAUUACCCGUCAUCAAGUGGUGCCUGGAACUCUAGCACAGCGGAAUCUAAUGCCAACCUGAACUACGCCGGCGCUUCCCAUGGCAGUUCUCAUCCACGGCCGUAUGCCUUUGACAGAUCUGCGAAGCAGGAGGCGACGCUCCCUAAUGCUCUCUACACUCCUGGCGCCAAAGGCGCCUUUGAGUCCAUGAACAACUACUCGUGGAGCACGAAUUAG